AUAACAACUCCAUGGUUUUUUUUAAUAGGUAAAAAUGACUGAAACUGAAGAUUCUAAAAGGAAGAAAUCAAAAAAUGGUAGAAAAAAGCGUUCAAAUGCAAAACUAAAUGUUUCAGAAAGUGACGAAAAUAACAAACUUUCGGAUGGCUUAGAAAAAACAUUUACUAUAUCUCCAAAAAGAAAAUCUCUUACGUCAAAGGCUAAUGCCAUCGUAGCUAUUACAAACGCCAAAACUGGGGGAAACAAAUGGCAACAUUAUACAAAAACCAGAAGAUUAGUGUCUUUGGAUGGCGACAAAGUAGAUAGGAGAAAAACGGGAGGUCAAGGUCUUGUGAUUGAUUUACAACAGGAUGAAAACAGAUCCGAAGAUGCAGUUGAUGGUAAAAUGCGAACUUCGGAAAUCAAAUAUCGUAAAGGACAAAAUCGUCUCUUGAUAGAACAUUUUGCUCAAGCUAGCAAACAUCCACAUCAAAAUGAUGCAGUUGAUUUUGAUUUUAUUGAAAAACUAUUACAAAACGGGGCUGAUAUUAAUUGCGCAGAUAAAUAUGGCCAAACAGUAUUACAUGAAGUUGCAAGAGUAUGGCAUAUUGAUGUUGCUAAAUUCCUCUUGGAGAAUGGUGCCGAUAUUGACAGAGGUGAUAACUAUGGUAGAACACCUCUUCAUAUUUCCGCUGCAGUUGAUUAUACCGAAAUGGUCAACUUUCUUAUAAUGGAAGGAGCAAAUAAGGAAAGUCUAACGAAGGGAGAACUUCAAACACCAACACAUUUUGCAGCUAGAACAGAUUCUGUAAACAGUUUGAAAGCGUUAAUAAACCACGGAUGUGAAUACAAACAAAAGAGAGAUUACAAAGGCCGUACACCUUUGCACGUUGCGGCAGAAUUAGAUCGAAGUGAAACUGCCAGAAUGUUGAUAGAACUUGAUGAUCCAGCUCCAGCAGGAGUUAUAGACGACAGUGGACAAUCUGCUGUAGUUUUAAUGAUAACAAAAAUGCCCCCAGUUGCUAAAUUGGCAUUAGAUCAGUUCCAUACCACUGAUAGGGCUAAUAGAAGACAAUUUUAUCAUUUAAAUCAUCUAGAACCAAAAAAGGCUGGUGACCAAUUGAAAGGGCAUCCACAGACUGCUUUAAGAGUUUUGGUUGCCUUCAACCAAAUUGACCUCAUUACCCACCGAUCCGUCGAAAGAUUGCUAGAAAUAAAGUGGCGUAAUUUUGGAAAAAAAGGUGGAUUAUGGCAAAUAGUUAAAGCAGUCAUUUUCAUCGGAAUAUGGACGGCAAUAGGUCUUAGUAAAGAUCAUGAAACUCGCCAUGAAUACAAUUUAAAAUCAGAAUGGUGGAGGAUAAUACUUUGGAUUUUAGCUGUGGCUAUGACUCUUUGGCAAGUUAUAGAAGAAAUUAAGGAAUAUAGAAGCUCUCGAAAAGCUCAUUUGAAAUGGAAAAAUUGGCGGGAAGAAGAAGUGCGAAAAGAUUUACAGUUUUGCCAUCCGCGCUGGCCUGAGGAAACUGCAUAUUUAAACUCAGAAAUUGAUAGACUGAAUGGUAUAAAUGAUUCUGAAGUGAAAACCGUACCGGAAGAGACAUCGUCUGUAAAGACAUUUUGUUAUUCUUUUGUCGCCUUAUUCAGAGCUUCGUAUUUCAAUGAUCCAUGGAAUAUUUUCGAUUGGAUUUGUUACGUUUUACUAACGGUUGCAUCAAUAACUCACGUUGUUGAUGUUAUUGAUCAUACAAAUGCAAUAUCGAGAUGGCAUAUACGAAUUAUGGCAAUAGCAAUUAUUCUUAUAUGGAUAAGAAUAUUAAAAAUUGCUAGAGCAUACUCCGUUGGCCCUUUUGUAGUCAUGAUCUUUAAAAUGCUGACAGACAUAUUUAAGUUUGUAUUUGUCUACUUGGUGUUCUUCUGUCCAUACGUUUUCGCUUUUUGGAUGAUCUUUGGGGCGUCUAAGAGGCCAGAGAAGAACAUUAAUGAAAUUCAUCUCAACAGAACAAAAUCAUCUGUCAGUGGAAUGAAAACAUUCGAUAUGCUUAUAUUUACGCUGUUUCGAAUAACUCUUGUUGAUGAUUACGAUUUUGAUGGAAUGAUCGGUAUAGAUAAGUUUAUGACAUUUUUACUUUUGGGAAGUUGGUUAGCUCUAUCAGCAAUUAUUAUGCUUAAUUUAAUAAUUGCCCUUAUGUCUGACACAUUUCAACGUGUAUAUGAUAAUGCUAGAGCAAAUGCUGCUAUGCAAAAGGCAAUUACAAUAUUAAACAUUGAAGAGGGUCUAACCAAAAAGAAAAGGGAAAAGUUUAGAGAAUAUAUACACAACUAUUGCAGUCCUGAAGAACGUUUUUACGACGAUGACGAUAUCGAUGAUGGAAAAGAAAGUCUACAAAAAGUUACUAUACAAAUUAGGCAACGUUUGGAUAGCAUACUUGACUAUUUAAACCCUGAAAUGUCUUCAUAUUCAGUUAACCAACUAACUGAUAAAAACCAGGCUGUCGUCGUUAUACAGGUGUUAUUUUACAAAAAGAUUGAAAGAUAGAAAAAUCAAAAUGAAAAAUAAGAGCAUUACUUACAUAUAUAAGCCUUCUUAUCACUAUGCAUGCAUUACACACUCUUUUGCAUAAAUUAAGCAAUUGAGCAUGUUUUUUUUUCUUGCUACCACUUGAAUAUACCCAGGACUACUAACCUUACUUGAAAACUAUCACUGAUUUCCUUAUUUUGUCGUGUUCGUUUUAGAAUCAAUUGGAUGAGUUACAAUCUGCAUUAAAAGAUUCAGAAGAUGAUGAAGAGAAACAUAUUAAAGAUCAACCCCAAGAAGGACAAUUCGCCCGACUUGCUAGUCUUAGGACGGGACAAGUUAAAAAGAUGGAAAAUCAAUAUACAAUAAUAAAAAAUGAGAUAACACAACUAAAGGCUACUCAAGAUAAUUUCAAUAGAAAAAUAAAAAAUGAUCUCCAAGAAAUUAUCAGUACUUUGAACAACCUUAAUCUCCCAGUUAGAGGUUCAGCACCUAUUCAAGUUCAAUCUUCAACAACCAGAAGGGAAGGCAAUUUACCCGUUGUCGACGAUGGAAACGUUUCAGAUUCACCUCUUACAUGGAGGAAUGAAAAGCGUAAAGAAGAUCUGCUUAUGUUAAAAAAUACGUUUAAACUUGCCGGUCAAGGCCAUUCAAAUAUUGUAGUUAGUGACUUUGGAUCGAAUACUGAAGAGCGCGAUGUCUAAGGCGAGAAAGGAUAAUAUAAAAUAAGUAGUUCCAAUCAAUUGUCAAAAGAAGUAAAACUUUAUUUAAUAAUACAAUUGAGAUUAACCUGUUUAUAUUAAAGCUUUAACUAUUGCUAUUAGUCAAUAAAGUAAAAUAAAACCUUAUUUUUAAUUAAAUAUACUGUAUAUAGGGAAUUUGUUUUUUACUGUUGAAUUCCGAUAAGGAUAUCCUUAUAUUACAUAAUAUAUUACAAAUUAAAUCGAUUGUUCCCUAUCUAUAUAAACAAGGCUUUAUUUAAUGUAGUUUAAUCUUUUCAACAAGAGUUAUUUCAAUAGUAAUAAUCAAAUGUAUAUACCAAAAAAUAAAGUAUUUAUAUAUUACGUCAUAGAAAUAGUGUAUAGUUUACCCUUUUAACAUAAUUUAAAUUUAUCGAAAGCAUUAAAAACAAAAAUACUCCCAAAUCUACUUUUUAAAAAAAAUUUAAAUAUACAGAACGACUGCUUUUCAAAUUAUCUCAAAAAAUCAUUAAGAAUUGAUGAGAUAAGAUAAAGAAUAAAUAUAGAUGAGGUAAUAACCUAUAUGAAUGCAAGAUAUACAGUAUAUAUAUAUAUAUUCGUUUUUUCUUUAAUAUAAAUUAGGUAAAGAUUUAACCGUCAAACAAUUUAUAUAUAUGUAAUAAUAUCAUCAUUACCAACUUAGUUUAUGCAAAAACGGAGAGAGGAAAGGUAUACAAUUUUAAUAUAACAUUGACCCAUAAAACCGUUUAUAAUAAUUAUUAAAUAUUUUUACCUUUUCGAAUGAUCGUUAAGAACAAUGAUUUCCUAUACAGUAAUAAUUUUUAUCCACAAUUUUUAUCUAACUAGAUGAAUAAAACACAAAAAAUAACAAACGGAAUUACAUUGUUUUUUUUUUUUUAAAGAAAAUAGUUAAGCAAAAAAAAACGAUGUACAGCAUCAAAAAAAGAGAAUAUUUUUUUUUUUUUCUUUUCUUUUCACAACAUACAUAAACUAUGUUAAGAAAUGCAGUUCAUUAGAGAAAUUCGACAGAUAGGUGCUUACAAGAACACUUCGAAAACUUCUUCAUCCAAAGGAACAUUCUAUAGAUUUGUAGAGAAAAUGGUGGAAGAAAAAAUUAGGUCAUUAACGAAUUAAAUAAGGUAUAAUUAUGCUUUGUUAACUUACGCUGCUGCUCCAAGGAUAAAUGUAGCAGCAUGAGUGAAGAGCAGAGCCGGUAGAUUGGAUAUGAUUCCAGUGUUUCGAACACUAAGACCGUGUCUUUUAGAUUUUCCCGUUUCGGAUCGUGGAAAGUGUUUAUAUUUAUUGGAUUGUAUGUCACUG